GGAAAACGAGAACACAAAAUCCUGUCCGUUUGUCACUAGCAUACCUUUAACCUAGUUUUAUGCCGUAAAAGAAAAAAAAACGGUGAUUAGUAAUCUUGUAUCCCAAUAACAAAAUAACGGCAACAACAAAUUGUUGAGGCUAAAAAAGCAAAUUCCUAAGCCACUUUUUUUUCUUUUUCUUUUGAUCAUAGAAAAAGAACACACGAAUAAAGUGUUAUUGUUGCAACAAAAGAUGCUUGUUUUUUAAAGACCAAAAUGAGUUGAAGCAACCAACAUGAAAGAUAUGAAAUUGUGUGAAGAAUUUACACCAAAAUAUUAUGGGAUUUGCACUAUUGGAGGAAUGCUUAGUGCUGGCACAACACAUCUUGUUAUUACUCCCCUUGAUGUUCUCAAAGUCAAUAUGCAGGUAAAUCCAGCCAAGUAUAAUAGCAUUGCUACAACCUUUUCCACUUUGUUGAGAGAAGGCGGGCUGUCGGCUUUUAAGAGAGGGUGGGCAGGAAAAUUCUAUGGAUAUGGUGUUCAGGGCGCUUGCAGAUUCGGUCUAUAUGAGUACUUCAAGAAACUUUACUCAAACAAUUUAAAAGACCAAAACAAGAGUCUAAUAUUUUUCUUGAGUAGUGCAUCUGCUGAAGUGAUUGCUAAUGUCGCACUUUGCCCUUUUGAGGCCAUUAAAGUUCGUGUUCAAUCUCAACCACGUUUUGCAAAGGGUCUAAUCGACGGUUUUCCAAAAGUAUAUGCAUCAGAAGGUCUUCGCGGCUUGUACAAAGGGAUCAUUCCACUAUGGGGUCGUAACUUGCCAUUCUCUAUGAUAAUGUUUUCAACCUUUGAGCACUCGGUGGAUUUUCUAUACCGUUAUGCUAUUAAAAGAAAAAAGGAAGAUUGUUCAAUCACACAACAACUUGGGGUUACAUGUUUAGCUGGAUAUGCUGCUGGAUCGAUUGGGAGCAUCAUUUCGAAUCCUGCUGACAAUAUUGUUGCUUCUCUUAAUAACAAAAGAGCGGGCAGUCUGAUGACGGUUGUGAAGAGAAUUGGGUUUCAGAAUCUGUUUACUAGAAGUCUUCCUAUUAGGAUCAUGCUUGUCGGGCCUGUAGUGACUUUACAGUGGCUAUUUUAUGACACUAUCAAGGUGUUAAGUGGCUUACCAACAAGUGGACACAUUAGUACUGAUGUAGAAGCCACUGGAGCGAAGAUUCAACUUGCUUAAUCAAACUCUUGCUAGCGUAGUGUGCAAAAGUAACACUCUGCUUCAGGGUCUUCCUGCAAAAUCCAUGCUACUAAUCGGAUCCUUGAACCAAUCGUUUGCUUGAUUGUCUGGUACUGGGAAACACGUGUUUUCCUUGGCUUAUGUUUCAUUUUGCGGAGAUGUCUCAAACUUUGAUCUUGCCCAGAGCCCUCCAAAUAAGUUGAUUACUUAUUUUUUGUAGAAUAGUAAUGAUAAUUGAUAUAUCUGGGUUCUUAACAGUCUGACAGAGAGCUCAUUCCACCCAAUAUUGGUUAUCUUCUAGAGACUCGGAUAUUUUAACAAUUGAUGACUUUGAACUACGAAUACAGUAUCAUCAGCUAUAGCCUAUAAAUGAAAAGCUAGUGGCAUAUGAAAAUUUGGAUGGCGUGCUCGUAUAUUACAAUAAUCCUAUGCAGAAUGCAACUGCAAGGGCUAAUUACACAAUAAAUUGACCACCAGAUGGCAGUAAAUUCAACUGUUGAAUUUAUUCUUUACCAAUCACCAUGUUUAUGUCAAAACACAAAUUGUUGA